AUAUAUAUAAAUUCGUUUUGGAACAUUCACGUUUCUCUAUAAAUACUCGCUUGUUUAACUAACCAAACGUCACUUAUUUUUUGAUCCGGCUCUUCUUUAGGCAAAUUUUCAUUAAAGAUAAACUUAUUUUCAUAACUAGUUAAAAGCCGACAAAUAUUUUUUUUAUAAUUAGGAAAAUUUUUACUUUGGAAAAAAAUUAAACAUGGCGAAGGACGUGGAGAUACGGGAUAGCACUAAGCCAUCAAUUUGGAAGCAAAUUAUGGCGAUAAAAGAUACCUUGAUCAUCAUCCUCACUCCGAUCAUCUUACUUCCUCUUCCGAUCGUCUGGUCAGCCAAACAAGGGAGAUGUGCAUAUGUGAUCCUGAUAAUGAUUGUGUACUGGAUGACGGAGGUGAUCCCCAUGGCAGUCACUGCUCUGAUCCCAAUUGUCUUGUUUCCUUGGCUUGGUGUUAUGGGGUCCAAAGAACUUUGUGUCAACUAUUUGAAGGAUGCCAACAUGUUGUUCUUUGGUGGGCUGUUGGUCGCUGUGGCUGUUGAAAAGUGGAACCUUCAUAAGAGGGUGGCCCUCAGAGUGCUCAUGCUAGUCGGCUCCAAACCCAAGUGGAUCAUAUUCGGUUUCAUGGUAGUGACGGCCUUCCUGUCCAUGUGGCUGAACAACACGGCAACAACCGCCAUGAUGAUGCCCAUCGCACAUGCGGUCCUCACCGAACUCGAUGACAACCGCAAGAAACAGAUGAUUGCCAGGAAUGCAAGCAAGAAUAACCUGGAGGAGAAGAAAGAUGCCAAUAAUGAUCAUGCUAUUGAAAUGAAAGAGAUUGCUACAGAUGGAGCCGAGAGUCACCUGUUGACAGUAAAGACUGACCAGGCAGCCCCUGUCGUCCUAAGCAAGGAAGACGAGGAAAGCAACAAAAGAUUUGCAAGCUUCAGGACUGCCCUCAAGUUGUGUGUCCCUUAUGCCUCGAGCAUCGGGGGCUGUGGUACCCUCAUCGGUUGCGGACCCAACAUCGUUCUCAAGGGUCAACUGGAAGUCUUGUACUCGUCGUCCUCCAUCAACUUCACUUCCUGGUUGGUCAUUGGUUUCCCUGCGAUGGUCGUUGACCUCCUGUUGGCCUGGGUCUUCCUGCUCAUCAUCUUCUUCGGGGCCAGGGACACGUUCGGACUGAGGAAGCAGACGGAGGAGGACAAGGAUGAGACUGCAAAUCAGGUCAUCAAGGCAGAGUACCAGAAACUUGGAAGCAUUACAUUUGCAGAAGUUGUUGUCUUGGUGAACUUUUUGAUCCUGGCUUUCCUGUGGGUCUCCAGGGAACCAGAAUUUGUUCCAGGGUGGGGUAAGGCCCUGAACCACACGACCACAAAAACAACGGUAAAACAUUAUUACAAUGGAUCCAAAGAAAUAACAGUUACUGAGGUCCCUGCAUCGUUCGUGACAGAUGCAAGCGUGGCCAUCACCAUAUGCGUCCUCCUCUUCAUCUUCCCCUCACAGUGGCCCAGCUACCUCUGCUUCAGAAAGAAGACUGAAACAAGAGCUCCUGGGCUGGCUCCUCCCAUCUUGGACUGGCCGACAGCCAACAAGCAGAUGCCCUGGAGUGUCAUCCUUCUGCUGGGUGGUGGGUUCGCAUUGGCUGAUGCUUGCAAGGGUUCCAAGUUAUCGGACUCAGUGGGCGAGGCCUUGAUAAGUUUGAAGGACCUGCACCCCUUCUUCAUAAGUCUCAUAAUGACGUUGGUGGCGACGGUCAUCACGCAGUUUACCAGCAACAUGGCUACGACGACCAUCAUGAUCCCAAUCCUGGCCCAGGUCGCCGCAAAGACCUGCGUGAACCCCAUCUAUUUGAUGCUGCCUGUCACCCUGGCAUCGUCCUUCGCAUUCAUCCUCCCCGUCGGCACCCCUCCCAAUGCCAUCGCGCACUCGUACGGGGACAUCACCAUCCCUCAAAUGAUAAAAGCAGGACUGGCGAUGUGCUUGAUAACGAACGUCGUCCUCGUCCUCUCCAUCAACACCUGGGGCUACGCAUUCUUCGACUUGGGCACGUGGCCCAGCUGGGCUCCACCCUGCGCCAAUUCGACCGUAGAAGUCAUGGCGUCUGUCACUCCAAUGAUUGUGAACACCACAACCGCCCCUGUCGGCUGAAUUGUGAUUGAUCAACAAGAUUGUGUGGUCGUGGUCUGGUUUUGCUUCUUGCUUUCUCGUUGGCUGGAGAUGAAUUAGAAUAUAGAAGAUUUGAAUGGGCGAUCCUUGAUUGAUUGAUUGAUUGAUUGAUUGAUUGAUUGAUUGAUUGAUUGAUUGAUUGAUUGAUUGAUUGAUUGAUUGAUUGAUUGAUUGAUUGAUUGAUUGAUUGAUCAGUUUCUGCUUAGAAAGUCAUUGUGUUUUCAAUGUUGUUGUUGUUAUAUAUAAUGUUUACUUAUCAUCCAUGCUAUGGUUUCUAUUAGAAUUUGUUGUUGUUAUAUUUAUUAUUACCAAUGAUAAUAUUAUUAUAAAAGUUAUAAUUGACGUCAUCAUUGUAGCGUGCGGUAGCAGUAGUGGUAGGAUGGAAUCGAAUAAAUUAAUUAGAAAAAUGCUAAAUUUAGAAUGAUGAGUGGAAUAUUUCAAAUAUUUUCUAAUAUUAAUUGAAAAUUGAUUGUCUGCGAGCGUUUUAAUUAGCGAGUGAGGGAGUGAAUGGGUGUUAAAAUGAAUGAAUGAAUUGUGAAUGAAUAAAUGAAUGAGAGAAGAAGAAAGAAACAAUUAUAUUGACUACGCUUGUUCGGUAAUUCAUAAUUAUAUUAUUAUAUUAUAUAUUAAUUAAUUAUUAUAUUAAUUAUAUGUUGUUAUUAUUGUUAUUGUUGUUAAUAUUAAUUAUUACAUGUUAUUAUUGUUAUUGUUGUAAUAUUAUUAGCUUACGAUGUGUUGACAUUAUUAUUUGAUACGUUUAUUUGCAGUUGCUUGGUAUUUAUAAUACGAAAUUUUUCCUUAGGAUAUCAUUCAUGUUGUGUUUCAGAACAAUCAUAUAUAUAUAUAUUAUUUUAUCUAUGUACAUACAUACAUACACACACACACAUACAUACACACACACACAUACAUACACACACAUAUAUAUACACAUGUGUCUGUAUGAAAUUUCAGCUUCCUGUUCCAUCGAAUCUUAGUAAAUUUUUUUUUUAAUUUCAUAAAUUUUUAUUCAUUUUAUUUCUGUUUUAAUAUUUUUAAAAAUAGUGUCGAAAAUGUUUGUUUGUUUGUUUGUUUGUUUGUUUGUUUGGAUGGAUUUUUAUUUUAAAACUCUCCCUCGUUUCAUCUAUCGCCCGGAUACAAUGAUGAUCUUUCUACUUUUUGUUUGAUUGCUUAUUUGCUUGUUUAUUUAUUUGUUUGUUUGUUCGUUCGUUUGUUUGUUCGUCUGUUUGUUCAGCAUCAAUUCAUCUACAAACAUGGAUAAGUUAUAGUAAGCCUAGUUCUUUCGUCUGUCUCUUCUUUACAUUAAAACAUUUCGUCGACGUCUUGGUUGAACAAUAAAUGGUUUAAUA